CCUUCAUAUUAUUAGUAGCACCAACUAUCUAAAAAGGGAUCUAUAUAUAUAUAGCGGAUUCUCUUUUUAACCAAAAACCAUGGCAAAGAUUUCACAAAUUGUUCCAAGGUUGGAUAUGAAAGUAGCAUUUAUCACUGGUGGAGCUCAGGGGAUUGGAGAAACAACGGCAAGGCUAUUUGUCAAGCAUGGAGCCAAAGUCGUAAUUGCUGAUAUCCAAGAUGACUUGGGUCAAAUCGUAUGCGAAGAUAUUGGUCUUGACAAGGCUUUAUUUGUUCACUGCGACGUUACUAUUGAAUCCGAUGUGGAAAAUGCCAUAAACGUAACGCUUCUAAAAUUUGGCAAGUUAGACAUAAUGGUUAAUAAUGCAGCCAUCUUAGAUGAUGGAAAGCCCAAUAUUCUUGACAAUGACCAGUUAACUUUUGAACGUGUCAUGAGUGUCAAUGUAACCGGUGUGUUCCUUGGAACCAAACACGCAGCUCGAGCCAUGAUCCCGGCUCGUAGUGGAAGCAUUAUUAUGAUGGGAAGUGUAUCUGGGAGUAUUGGAGGGAUCAUUUCUCACGCCUAUUCAAGCUCAAAACAUGCACUUGUCGGGUUAACUAAGAACACUGCGGCCGAGCUUGGCCAGCAUGGGAUUCGCGUAAAUUGCUUAUCACCGUACUUUAUACCUUCUCCAUUGACUAAUAAUUACAUAACUGAUCAUCCGGAAAAAUACUCCAAAGUUUAUUCAAACCUCAAAGGGGCUUCUCUUGCCGAAAAUGAUGUCGCAGAAGCCGCUCUUUUUCUAGCUAGUGACGAGUCUCGGUAUAUGAGUGGGCAUAAUCUGGUGCUUGAUGGAGGAUUUACGGUCAUAAAUCCAGCUUUUGGACUAUUUGCACGAGCUUCUCCUAACGAGUAGUCAGAUCUGAUGCCUAGCUUGGUGAGAAGACGUCAGAUUUCUUCUAUUAAUGUUAAUAAAUUGCAACAUUUUGUGUUUUAAAUAAAUAGAACAUUUCUUUUCGAGGGAUAUUUAAUUUUCAACCCAUAUGUUUAAUAAAUAGAACGUUUCUUUU